AUGACCAGCGGUCUGAUGCGGCGCUUCUCCACGUUUGCCCGCACGCAACUCCCCACUAGGACAGCGAGAUCGCUCACUGCGCCCCGGCUGCUGGGGCUCAAGCAGUACAAGAGGACCCUCAGCGACGCCGGCGCGAGACAGGCAUCCGUGUCAAGGCACUGGUUCACUAGCUCAUCGCCAUGCUCCCAUCCGGAAUCCGAUGAGCGCGAGAAGGCGCGUUCCAACGAGCGCAACUUGAAACUCGGAAACACAAUCCGAGUACUCCACGAUCGCCUGCCCACGCUCUUAAUAUCGCCCCUACCGCAAGACAUACUCUCUCCGCAGAUCAGUCUUCAACUAUUCCCGUCGACGCACCCUCACCUACCCAACGUAAGCGGGAGGUACGCCUACACAGCAGCAUUAUGGACAGCACCGGUCGCAUGGGGCCAAGUCCCCGUACUGGGCAAUGUAAAGCUCAAGAUACUGUCUGAGCGCAUGGUCAAGAAUGGAGGAUCCACCACAAGCAACGUGCGCAACGAGAAGCUCAUAGUCCGGUGGCAGACAUGCAAGUCGGAGAAGGAGAACGGCCAGGUCAGCGACGUAGUCGAAAAGAUUACGAGCAUCGUCGCGGGGUCCAAGAGGCCGCAUCAGGAGUUUACAGGGCUGUUCAAGUUUGAGUUCGACGAAGAGGGGCGCAUCUUGAAUCACAUCAUAGAGCACACAGAAGAGGGCCAGCACUGGGACAGGACGGCCAAGGUCAUCAGCGUCACUGACUGGCUGCUGGGACGGGCGUGGGGCAGGCGUGAGGAAGUGAGCCCUAGUCUGGCUUUUGUCAAGUGCUGGAGAGAGAAGAACAGUCGGGGUCGUGGCGAGCGGCGAUGA